ACUCGCAAUCGGGCUUCCGUUGCCGAAUUCCAGGGUCACGCAUUGCCUGCCAGACAUUACUGCCAGCGCUGUCUGGACGUUUUUUGGUCAGAUCCGGGCAAAAAAACAACUCAGACUUUCGAAAAACAACAGAAUGGAUUUCGGUGAUAAGGUCGAUGGAGUACUAACUAGGAAGACCGCUUUUUACUGAAUGGACAGGACCGGUCGGUCGGCAGAAAGACCGGUCUGAGCUAUCCGUUUUAAUUAGAAACUCAACCCAAAAAAGUAGGACGUCAGCACUAAAGUUUUACUGGGUCACGGGAAUGGGCUUAUUGGACGCCCGUUACUUCCCUAAAAAGUAAGUUCCUCUAUCCUCUGACUCACAAACACAGACCGAGAAGCACCCGGCGUUUGUGUUAGUCACGAUCCACGUCCCGGAGCAAUACCUGAGGCGCCCCGCGGCUGGCUGUCAGGUGAUAGGUGUGGCGCUGGGUGGGACCGCUUUGUUCUGCCCUUACCUGCGGACGCGUGCUCGUGUAUGUGCACGUUGUUUUCUUGCUGAGAACUUCUUGCAGGAGUCUCCGCUGUAACAGACACCGACUGUCCCACAAAGGCAGCGUUAACGCGGGGUGAGAAGAAGGAUCGGGGGGAAUCGCCCGGCCAGGAACAAAAACUCGCCAUGUGGAAUAAUGUGACGUGAAUCUACAUCAAGAACCUGGAUUAAUGGCAGCCGAUAAAGGUUUUAUCCCGGUGUUGUACAUUUAUUGACAUUGGGUCACGGAUAGAUAUUAUCAACUGUGAAUUGAACCGCUCGGGCGCUCGGUUGUCAUGGCGUUGUCACAGGUCCAGUGUCUGGACAACCAGAACGUCAACUCACGCGUCAGCGAGAGCAAGCCGGAGUUCUUCUACAGCGAGGACCAGAGACUGGCGCUGGAAGCCCUCAUCUCCUCGGGCCGAGAUGGUUUUAUGGACUCCGUCCACGAGAAGGGCAUCCGGGAGUUCCUCUCAGAGCCGGAGCUCGAAUGGCUCGCGCGCACAGCCGAGGCCUACCGUCCCGGGUUCGAACAUCCCCUGCAAAAGGCCGAGGUGGCCGCCGGACCUGGGAACCUCACCCCGGGGUCCGUGGACGACGCGCUAUCUCUGCAGUACUGGCCGGACCUGUCCGAGGCCUCGGUGGCCGAGCUGGAUCUGGGCUGGCCCGAUUCGAUCAACUACCGUGGGAUCACGCGCGUGGCCGUGCACACGCAACCCCCGAUCGAGGGACACACGCACAUCAAGGAGGUGGUGCGCAAAACGAUUGCAGCGGCCUCGAAGGUGAUUGCUGUGGUGAUGGAUGCGUUCACAGACGUGGAUAUCUUCCGGGACAUGUUGGACGCCAGCUUCAAGCGUAAAAUCCCUGUUUACAUCAUCCUCGACCACGCAGCUGUCCCCAGUUUCCUGGCCAUGUGCAGCCGAGCUGAUAUGCAUCGAGGGCACCUAAAGAACCUGCGUGUGCGUUGCUGUGGCGGCGUGGAGUUCCACACCCGCGUGGCCCAGAAGGUGUGCGGCUCUCUGAACCAGCGUUUCCUCCUGGUGGACGGGGACAGAGCCAUCUCGGGCUCCUACAGCUACACAUGGCUGUCCUCCCGACUGGACCGUAACCUCAUCACGGUGAUCACCGGCCAGGUGGUGGAGACCUUUGACCAGCAGUUCCGCGACCUCUACCUGACCUCCAGGGGGGUCUCCCUCAGCAAGGUCCCCUUCGGAGAGGAACCCGCCCCCGACCCGGUCCUCUACUCGGCCCCGGUGCCCGUCUCCGCCGCGGUGGCCCGCAAGCUCAUCAACCCCAAGUACGCCCUGGUGACCGGCGGCAAGCACGCCAGCCCCGGCUCCUCUGACCAGAACUCCAGCAACAAGACGGCCUCCAAGAACCCCUUGGGGCUGAUCAUGCUGAAGGGGCGCAUCAGGGAGGAGGUGGAGGCCCCCCCGCUGCACCCCGGACUGGCCCACCUGGAGAAGGCCUACAUGAUCAACUACCUGCCCACCUGGCCCGAGCCGGACCCGCCCCGCGACGUGAUCGGCUUCAUCAACAUCCGGGAUGACAAGCGGGCCCACCAGGUGCAUCUGCAGCGGUCCGAGAUGUUCGAGACCAGCCAGGCCAUACGCUUCAGCUCGCCCUUCACCCCCAACCCCGAGCCCGAGCUGGCGGCCCCGGCCGUGCCCCGCACCGACCUGGGGCCCUUUCAGACUCAUGACGUCCCCGCUGCCCCGACGGAGCCCGGCGUGCGGCCCGUGGCGGAGCCGACGCACGGCCCGCCCGACCCGGAGCCCGCCGAUCAGAUAGAUGCCGUCGCGCCGCCCCCCGCGGACACCGCCCCGCCCCGAGGAAAGCCCCCGUCCAGGGACCCUUCGCCCCCGAGGGCAUCGGAAGCCGAGGACCAUUCAGACAGUUUGUCGUCGAUAGAGGCCUCCGAACCGGCCGCGGAGGAGCCCACGGACGCCGCUGUGGUGACGCCCCCCGUCCCCAAACCGCGGACGCUGCAGCUGGUCAUAGAGCAGCCCCACCCCUCGGCGCCGUCCAGCCUGCCCCAGAUCAGCCUGGUGAGGAAGAUCCACAUACCGGAGAUCAACGCGCAGCAGGCGGCGGACGAGUCGUCGGCGGGGGCCCGCGGCCGCCUCGUGUCCCACCGCGGGGAGAAGGACAGCGCCGACGGCAGCCAGGACAGCACCAAGGUGAUGUGCGACGACCCGCCCGCCCACGAGAACCCCUCCAGCGUCUCCACCGCGUCGGAGGGGGAGGAGUUCUACGAGUGCAACCCGUCGGAGCCCGGCGACGGCCUGACCAACGGCGGCACCACGGGGUCCGGCCACGGCGGUCGCCACGGCGACGGGCUCAACGUCAUGGCCCGCUUCUCCCAGAGCAUGCUGGACCUGCGUCCUCCCAGCAAGCAGGAGGACGGGCGCUCCCUGAUUCAGCAGUCGCAGCUGCUCCGCAGGGGGUCGCAGCAGUCGCCCGGCAGACACAUAGGGCAGUUGUUCCAGUCCUCAAGGUCACCAGGUCGGGGGCCAAAGGUCAUCGUGGCCAAACCAGGAAGCCACCACAGGCCGGGGAACUCCUCGACCCGUGUGAUCGGAGGGCAUCGUUACUGGCAGGGUCUAGGGCAGCAAACGCAUGUGGACAGUGACCGCGCGCGAGCAAGCCGGUCGCCACGACGACACAGCCCCGGCUACAGGAAGGAAGGCAACGCCGGCUCCACGGCGCAGGCGACGCCUUCCAACCCCACGGGGUUACUGGGGGUCUCCUUCUCAAAGCUGGGACACCUGAAGCACCUGAAGACGCGGGCCGGAGGGGUCCAGAAAAAGGCCUCUUAUAGCUAGAGCGAGGUCCAGAAGGAAGCCUCUCAUAGUUGGAGCAAGGGCCAGCUCCACGGGACAAAAUGAUAUCAUCGCCGGGAUCAAUCUCGGAUUGAAUGUGAAUGAAUUUGACUUUAAGGACACGGUGACUCAAUCAAUAUUAUUACAUAGGAGGAUCUUAUCUGUCUCUGGGCGUGUGGUUGUAAGCAUGCGAUGCAAACGUGUCAAUAGUUUCUGAACCAUGACCGUGGUUGUUAACACAGAGCCAGGAAACCUGUUUAUUAUUUGCUUGAUGUUGAUUGGUUACUGGAGCUAUGGAGGCUGUGUUAUUCAAACUGCCUCUGAACUCAUGUGGUGUGUUGACUUGACGCGUGUCUAAUCGCAUCGAGCUGGCAGAAUGAAAAAAAAAAAACAUGUUGACAGGGGGGAGGGGGACAAAGAGUGAACAUACUGUACUGUAAAUAAAAACAUGCCAUUGUUAAGUGUAGCUCUUCUUUGAAAUCAAAAGAUUAAAAAAAACACGCGCUGCAUUUGUAUAGACAACACAAAUGCAAGUUCCCACAUUGUUGUCCAUUCUGAACCCUGUGUGUGUGUGUGUGUGUGUCUGUGUGUGUCUCUGUGCGUGUGUACCUGGUCCGUACACCAGUACCAGGUGGCUAGUAUAGUGAGCCCCAGGGUCAUGCCGGGCCAGGGCAGGUCCCCGGUGGUGGCGUCCCUGAACAGGUGCAUGGCGUCCUCCCGGGGCAGGUGGCAGGUGCUGUUGGGGAUGAUCUUGCUGGGGAUGGCCAGGCUGUACACCUUCUCCAGGUUACUGUAGCCCCCGAUCUCGUUAAACGCUGUGGACGACACACACACACACACACACACACACACACACGCACACACAUACACACAGUGUUCAUUAGGAACAUGUUUUCUUUGUGACUCAUUUGAUUAGGGUGAACACUGAAAAAUAAGGGUACAUUAAUGACAAUUAACAUUUGUUAACACGUUUAAGUAAUGCAUUAAUAAGCAUUAUUAUAUAUCAUUAGCAUAGGGUAAGAGGUAUGGCUAGGGUUAGUUAGUAAGGGUAAACCCCUAACCCUAUUAAAUAAUGUAUAAAUGAACACCUUGGUUUUAACAGUAACACCAUUACUAAACAGCAACACCAUUCAUCAAUAAUUACUAGACUAGAUUACCUUACUGUUGAUAAACUGUCAGUUAAUAUUAAACUGAAAAGAACUUUGAUUAAAGUUGAUUGAAUUGAACUAACGCCCCCUUAUUGUAAAGGGUUACACGUGAUCUACUAGCUAAGGAGGAUCCCAGGCUGGCCUACCAGUGAUAGUGAGGAUGAUGGCUCCUACAAGCAUGAUCACUGUCUGCAGGGUGUCGGUGUAGAUGACAGCCGCCAGCCCCCCUGAAGACACCACAUGGGAGGAAGUGUGGAAAGGUACGCUGGAAUAUUACCUCCAUCAAAAUGAUGUACAUCAGA